AUGUCGGAGAUUGAGUUCUUUUUGCCGCAACUUUGCCACUUACUCAUAAGUAGUACAACUGAAUCGGUCGCGUUGGAAUGCUUUAUACUAGAGAGCUGCGAAAAAUCAGCGCAUAUGGCAAUUCUGACAUUAUGGUAUCUGCAAGCUUACCGGUCAGACUUGUCAUCGAAUCCCAAUUCGCCCGCGUUCGCCGUAUGCAAACGAGUAUUGAAUAAAUGUCAAGCAACUGUUUUCUCCGAGAAUAAGAAUCCUAGUGAAGAUAAAGACGUGACCAAUCGUGACUGUUCUCCAAGAAAAGUACGCGAGAAUACAUUUCCAGCACUCGUGGGAAUUGGCGCUAUGCUUGCAGGGAUUGCUACGCCAAUGCUGAUGAAAAGCACGGGUCACAUUGCUAUUGCGCAAGGUAGAAGACUACGGGCAUCUGUUAAUGGUCCGCCUGGAGGACAUGUGCGGAGAAAAACUGCGACAGGUACAAUGCAAAUAACCAAAACGCAAUCUGAGUUUUCAGCGGAGGAAAUAUUAAAAGGAGUUUUGCACAAAGAUGAUCCCCUUCCGCAUGAUUCUUUAACUGAGACAAAAGAUGAUGCAUCGUUGGAGGAAGAAAAUAAAGAAAAUUUAUCUAAAGAUAGUAAUACGCAUGAUGAAAAUGUAGUGCAUGAACAGGUGCUUAUUCAUCCAGUAAAAAAGAAUAAUGAUUUAUCUAAAGAUACUCGUGCCCCACGAGGAAAGAAGGAAACUUUAGGAAAGGACCAAGCACCCAGUAUUUACGUAGAAAGUGAAUCUGAAUCGAAAACUUCGAUUGAAGUUUUCGAUAACAACACUUCCUUAACCAUUUCAAAUGAACAUUCGAUUUCAAUUGAUGUCAAUAAAUCAAAUACUCGAAGUUUGUCCCGUUCUUCUUUUUCAUCAUCUUCUCCUGAUCUUCGAAGUAGCGUUACUGAAGAAGUUUUGAAAUCUCCUUCAUUAACAGAUUUACGCCAAGGAAAUACAUUUUCUUCAUAUAAAUCCGGUGUCAGCACCACAAAACCCCGACCUCAGUCUGCAUCUUUUCCGACAGAUAAUGUCUCGACAGACGAUGAACACGAUAUCGAUUUCUCACAUUUUCGUGCAUCGCGUGAAGUAUCAAAUAAAAUUUUGUUUGAUGAAGUGGAAGAAUAUGGUACAGAGAGACAAAGACGACUUCUUAAAGGAAAUUAUUUUCAUUCUGAGAUGCAGUUCUUGUUAACAUUGCAAGAUAUUUCGACAAGGUUGAUUAUUUUUCCCAGGGAAGCAAGAUUAAGUACUUUAAGAGCAGAAUUGACCUUACUCAAUCAUAACUUGCCAGCAGAAGUUUGUAUACCUCUUUGGUGCCCAGCUACGUCCGAAAAACCAUUUCACCACCGCGUUGUAAGAAUUUCCCCUGGCGAUGCGGUGGUCUUAAAUUCUGCGGAUAGGGUACCUUAUUUAUUAAUGGUCGAGGUACUUGAGGAAGAUUCGAAUUUCGAUAUGUCAAAAUUACGGACACGUCGAUCUUUACAUCGUUCACUUCAUGAAGACAAACCUGUUGGUGAAACAGCCGAAUCGCUAGUAUCCGAAGACGAAACUAACGAGAAAGAAGCGUUCGAGAAAAUCGAACAGCAAGAACAAGAGGAGCAUAAAUUGCUCCAUAAAGCAAUAACUGAGGUAGAAAAAGAAUCUGAAUUUUUAUCUGAUUCAGAGAGGCAAAACUCCUCUUCUCCUUCAAGCACUUUGUCAUCUCCGUCAAUGGCCCAUCUUAAAUUACCAUCAUCAAGAUCGUCCAAAAGGGCAGAAUCAUUAGACAAAGCUUCAAACCUUCCGAAAGUAAUGAAUCGUCGGCAAUCCAACUCUGCCGAUGAAUUUGCCGAAAGAAUGCGAACAGCUGCUGUAAUGCUUGCUCAAUUAAAUACUGCGCAACAAGGGCGUACAUCUACAGCUGCUGGCGCAUCGAAUACUACGCCAAAGACAAAGGCCGAUACAGAGGCAAUAAGGCAAAAAAUCAUCAAGGAAAUGAUGACAUUAGAGGAAGAAAGAAUGUUAAAAAUGACCACUGAAGGAGUUAUAAGUGGCGUAGGUGGAAAUGGUGGCGAAGGUGGCGGAGGUGAAAUGCUGGAAGAUGAAAAGCUUGUAUUGAAUGCUGUUAAUAAGGAUGAUCCUAGUGCCGCUGUAUUUAGGGAAGAUUGGGGAACAAAAAAGCAACGGAUACGCAAAGCCUCGCCUUAUGGCCAUUAUCCAAAUUGGCGACUAUUAUCCGUUAUUGUUAAAACAGGGGCGGACUUACGACAAGAACAGCUUGCUUGUCAAUUGAUCAAAGAGAUGCAAAGAAUAUGGCAGGAUGAAGGAAUCAAUGUUUGGGUAAAAUAUUACCGAGUUUUAGUUACAUCAGAUAAUUCUGGUUUAAUUGAAACGAUUACAAAUUCAAUCUCAAUACAUUCUAUUAAAAAAGAUGCUUACGCCAAGAGAUUAAAUGAGAAAGGGUUUAUGUUUACAUUAUUCGAUUACUUUGUAAAGACAUUUGGUGAUGUUUCAUCUGAGGCUUUUCUUCGAGCACAAGAUAACUUUAUGCGCAGUCUUGCUGCUUAUUCACUUGUGUCAUAUAUUUUACAAGUGAAAGAUCGUCACAAUGGCAACGUCUUAUUAGAUACAGAGGGACAUUUGAUACAUAUAGAUUUUGGUUUUAUGUUAUCGAAUUCUCCUGGAUCUGUCGGUUUUGAAUUAGCCCCAUUCAAAUUAUCGCAAGAAUACUUGGACAUUUUGGGAGGAGUGACAAGCGAGAAAUUUAACGAAUUCAAAACGCUAAUGAAACAGGCGUUUAUUGCUCUAAGAAAAUAUGCUGAUAACAUAGUGCUCUUAGUGGCGAUGAUGCAAAAAGACUCAAAAUUACCUUGUUUUGCAUAUGGCGAAGACACAGUCACGCAAUUAAAAAAUAGGUUUCAAUUAUCGCUCACUGAGCCACAAUUCGAAGAAUUUGUUGAACGGCUAAUAAUGAGUAGUUGUUGUAAUGUGUUUACUCGAUUGUACGAUACUUUUCAAUAUUAUAGUAAUGGAAUAUUGUAA